AUGAUAUUCAAUAGGACUCUCAACCUCAUAUUCUUGAGCUUUAUCUCCAUAGUCGUUCUCCUCAUCACGGCCAAGCGCCUCCCUCAAUGGGAGCGUGAAGGUGGCCAUUACCACACGGGCGAGUUCAGCCCACAUGUUGAUGUCAACUCGAACGGGACAGCCACAGCGUCGCCCGAGAGCGCCAGCGUCGGUCCAACCCCAGUAGCGAUACCAACCACCAGUCAAGGACUGCAGUCACUGCGCCCUGAUCACGAUCCCAUUUGCGACGGCUUCCCAGACACCUCUGGCAUCCUUCUGGUCAUGAAGACUGGCGCCACCGAGGCGUUCGACAAACUGCCCACUCAGUUGAUCACCAUCCUCCGAUGUCUCCCUGAUUUCCUCCUCUUCUCUGAUCUGGACCAGCACAUUGCCGGAUAUCAUGUCCGUGACACCCUCGAGACGGUUCUCAACACCGUCAAGGACGACAAUUCCGACUUCGAUCUCUACCGCCAACAGAGGGACUGUGUUAUUGACCAGGACAUGUGUUCCAAGACUCUAGAAGGGGCCCAAGACGCGGGUUGGAAUCUGGACAAGUACAAGAACAUUCACAUGGCCGAAAAGGCCCACAGGCUACGACCUGGGUACGACUGGUACUUCUUCGUCGAUGCCGACACGUAUGUUUGCUGGCCCAACCUUGUCCAGGUGCUUCGCAAGCUCGAUCCCUCCAAGCCGCGCUACUUAGGCAGCCCAACCAUAAUCGGAGGGUACCCUUUCGCCCAUGGCGGCAGUGGGUAUGUGCUCUCUACUGCAGCAAUGAUGGAAUUUGUAGGGCAGAACCCUGGGGUCGCGAACAAAUACGACCAGAAGGUCAGGGACGUGUGCUGCGGGGACUACAUGUUGGCGGUUUCUCUCAACGACACCAUCGGUAUCACGGUGGAGAGCCUUUGGCCUAUAACCAAUGGCGAGAAACCAUCCAUGUUUCCUUUCGGGAACAGGCAGUGGUGCCACGCCGUUGGGACGAUGCACCAUAUGAGCAGCGAGGAGGUCUCGGAAUUUUGGGAGUUCGAGCGCAAACGAUACACCGAGACCCAAGAGCCCUUGCUGCUCAAGGAAGUCUACCACGAGUACUUUGAGCCGAAGCUAAUACCGGUGCGCGAGGACUGGGACAACUAUUCCGACGGCUGGUACUACAUCGACUUGGAUUCAGGCCACCGAUGGGAGGACUGGCGGAUCAGCAGAUCGACCAAUGAGGAGAACAAGUCCGAGUUACAAAAGCUGGCCCAUCUAAGUCCCGACGACUGCGCCAGGGCAUGCGACGAACACGUAGAUUGCUUCCAAUGGACUCACGCGAACGAAUGCUGCGGCAUGAAAACGAGCUUCCAGCUAGGCAGGCCGGUGAAAAGACCACAGGACGACAAAGAGCGCAUGACCAGUGGAUGGCCCGUUGAGAAGAUUCAGCGAUGGAUUGAAGAACAGGGAGAAUCUUACAACAACGAGGAGGAACUCGGCGCCGCGAUCAAGUCAUCCGGGAUCGCCCGCGAGAAGCUCUUCGUCACCACCAAGGCGACCGUCAAGGCGGACAAGCCGAUCGAGGAGAACUUCUCCGCGUCGCUCAAGAAGCUGGGCCUGGACUACGUCGACCUGUACCUGAUCCACUCGCCCUUCUUUGCAGGCGGCGACGCCAAAGUCCUCCAGGCCAAGUGGGCCGAGGUGGAGGCGAUCCAGGCAUCGGGGCGCGCCAAAUCGAUUGGUGUAUCCAACUACAUCCAGGAGGACCUCGACGCGGUGCUGGAGACGGCGACGGUCAAGCCGGCCAUCAACCAGAUCGAGUUCCACCCGUACCUGCAGCACAUCACCGACGGCGGCAAGACGAAGCUGCUCGACUACCACCGCGAGAAGGGCAUCGCCGUCAGCGGGUACGCCGGGCUCACUGCUAUCACGAAGGCGGCUCCCGGCCCUGUUGAUGGCGCGUAUGCCAGGCUGGCGGAGAAGUACAACGUCACCGAGGGUGAUGUGGCCCUGCGGUGGACGCUGGACCAGGGCGUCGUGGCCAUCACGACAAGCUCGCGGGAGGAUAGGCUCAAGGAAUACGUGGGCAAGCUGCCCGCGUUCGAGCUCACGUCUAAGGAGGUGAAGGAGAUCUCGGACCUGGGACUUAAGAAGCACUUCCGGGGCUUCUGGAGGGACCAGUAUGACGAGGAUGACUGGAGGUGA